GCACAGGGGAGUGUAGCAGCGUGCAAAUCUGAUUGCUCAUAGAAAGAAAUCAAGCGAGCAAUUGCAGCUUUAAAUGACAGAAAAAGAAGGACGUGUCAGCAUCUCACUGUUCGGUUAGCUUGAGUGAGACUGUUUGUGGCCCUUGCAGGCAGCACAGACACAGACGCACGGGCCAUUAAUGGAACUGUCAAAUAACCCAAGGUCAAGGGGGCAUGAGGAGGCUCCCCCAGCCCUGCUGCCUGAUCUGUCCCAAGCGAAAAACAGCAGCUUCAGUGCUGCCCAACAACAGGGCUACUCCGCAACCAUCUUUCUGCACCGCAAAGACAAACUAGAGAAGACUCAGCAGAAAUGCAUUGCCAUCUUUGCACUGCUAUGCUGCUUUGCCGUGCUAUUGGUGCUCAUCUUCUCUUCUGUGGAUGUUUGGGAGGACAGUGAGGAUGGAAUCACAGAGGAGAAUUGUCGCACUGACUGUCGCAUUGUCCUUAUGGAGACAAUCCCUGAGGAUCUUAAGGAACACUUGAAUGGCAGACCCCACUUGCCACUCUUUGCUGGCUUCCACACCCUCCUGGACCGAGCUAAGCACUCAGUCCAGGUAGUGUCACCAGUCUGGAACUUGAGGCCCUUGGAAAAAACUAUGACAAGCACAGGAAGACAGGGUCAACGUUUAUUCCAGAGAUUGCUCAGCUUGAAAUCCCGUGGGGUCAAACUAAAGAUUGCCAGCAGCCUGACUAACUCUGCAGAACAGAAGAUUUUGGCAACACACAACGCAGAGGUUCAUUUGGUCAACAUGACAGCUUUCACCAGAGGAGGACUCCAUUCCUCAUUCUGGAUCGUAGAUCGGACACACUUUUAUGUUGGCAGUGCUGACAUGGACUGGAGAUCAUUCUCCACGAGAAAGGAGCUGGGCCUGAUGGUGUAUAACUGCAGUUGUCUGGCUCUGGACCUCCACAGAGUCUUUUCUUUUUACUGGCAGCUCCAUGAGAGGGACUACAUCCCCUCAAUCUGGUCCAAGAGAGUUACAGCGCUCUAUGGGAGACACCAGGCCCUGGAGCUGGAACUCAACAAUACCCCUGCAGUUGCAUAUGUGUCUUCCUCCCCUGGUCUCUUCUGUGCUAAAGAGCGCACUAAAGAUGUAGAGGCCAUCUAUCACGUCAUGCAGAGUGCAAAGACAUUCGUCUUCAUUUCUGUGAUGGACUACCUCCCUCUGGUGAGCAGGCGCCUCAGAGGAACCUUGGUCACAAGGUACUGGUCGCCGCUUGAUGAGAUGAUCAGAGAGGCCGUGGUCCUGAGAGGGAUCAAAGUUCGCCUGCUCAUAAGCUUCUGGAAGAGCACUCACCCGCUCACCUUUAACUUCGUAACCUCCCUCAAGUCGCUGUGCAUGCAACUGUACAACUGCUCUUUUGAGGUGAGGUUUUUCAAUCACAAGGAGCAAAAGGAUGACAUUCAACAUGGACUCAAUCACAACAAGUACAUGCUGACUGAGAGUGCUUUAUACAUUGGGAGCCACAACUGGGUGGGUAAUGAAUUUUCCGAUAAUGGCGGAGUUGGGCUGGUGGUCCAGAUGAAAAGUGGUGGCGGGAAGGUCAUGGAACAACUGAAAGCUGCUUUUGAAAGAGACUGGACUUCACCUUAUUCUAAAAGCCUGAUGGGAAACAAAGAUCGAUAUGACAAAUACAGACACCUGCACUAAGUGGAGAUGAAAGAGGACAGCGAGUGGAAUGACCCUUUAUCUUUAUAAAUACAGACUACCUUUCUGUAAAUAAUAUUUAAUGUGGACAUGCUAGACUAUGCACUACUAGGAACAGUUUAUAGAGUACUUUAUUUUCCAUUGUCCAAAUUAAUUUAUCUACAUCUUGAUGUAACAAUAUACUGUAGCUCACUGCAUCUUUAAGUCAUUGUUAGUUGGUAAUUAUCUCCUUCUUUUUGACAGUAGAAUGCUGCACGAAGUGCAGUGUGUUUAAACCACUAAGCAACGCAUAUUCAACCUCGAUCCUACUAACUGUAG